AUGAAAAGAGAGGCCAUUCUGAAAGGAACUAUAAAAAGUUCCAAAUCUGAGUUAGAUAGGUACCUUGAGGAGGAGGAGGAGGAGGAGGAGGAGGAGGAGGAUGAAGUGGUUACACGAGCAUUGGUGGCUUUUCAAGCUCGUAGUGCAAGUGCACCUGCAGGACCUAGUGGUAGCUCUCAUGCAGGACCUAGUGGAAGCUCUCAUGCUAUGUCACAAGUGGAAGAAGACUAUUUCGAUGACAACUCUGAUGAGAAUGAUGAGACUUAUGUGGACGUAGAGCCUGAUGAGGAGGAGUGA